AUGGUUACCCUUCUUCUUCAAUUUGUAUCUAAUCAUUAUUGCAAAGACUUGACCGAUGAAUCGCUACAUAAACUUCACGACGUCUUUCCAGAUUCCCUGAUUCUGGCAGCCCUCGAUUUGAUUGACCAGCGGAAAGUGACCGAGAGUGUAACCCCUUGGGGUUUCGUUGAAUAUGAGGUGCUGAGCUCGACUGCCACUCAUAUCGUAUAUGUUGGUCUUCCAAAGACACUGAUGUCAAGUUAUUGUACUUGCCCCGCAUUCAACUUCACGGUUCUGGAAACAGGGCAAAGUCUUAUGUGUAAACAUGUUCUUGCCACGCGUCUCGCGAUUCGUCUUGGUUUGUGUGUUAGGCAGCAAAUAUCUCUUGAUUACCUUGCGACCAGCGUCUCUCUUCGUUAUCAGCGUUGA